AAUAAAAGUAAAAAUAGCUACUUUUAAAAUAAAAUAAAAGUAUUAAAAUGAAAAAGAUUGUAGAAAACUAUAAUCUCAUUUCUUUAAUAACUUUUUACUCAUACAUAAUUCUGGUCCAUGCAUGUAAAAACAGGAACUGUCAGUCAUAACCAUUCUAAUUUAUGCGCAUUUUUCCCCGCCCGUCAUCUCCUCUCCGGUUGACUACCCCUUCCUCACCAGCCCGAGCCCCUCCACUCCUCCUCUUCCUCCUCCUCCUCCUCCUCCUUUUUACGCACCGGCUUGCGCCCAUCCUCCCAGCCAGUCACCUCAAAGCGCAACCGGUCUGCCGGAGCGGAGGUAAACACAUCCAUCCGGAGCGGAGCGACUGUGAGAGGGGGACGUCUCCGAGCAGGAACAGAGGAGAGGAGAAUGGGUUCAGGUCUGGACUGAGUCACACGGAGAGCUCCUCAGACUCCAUUCAAGUCCCCGGGAGUCCCUGCGUCUCCAGCGCUGACACAAUGGGCUGCUGCAGCGGACGCUGCACCCUCAUCUUCAUCUGCACUUUACAGCUGGUGCUUGCUUUGGAAAGACAGGUCUUUGAUUUCCUCGGUUACCAGUGGGCUCCCAUUCUUGCUAACUUCUUCCAUAUAAUUGUUGUAAUACUCGGUCUCUUUGGAACCAUCCAGUACAGACCACGCUACAUCAUCGUGUACAUAGUAUGGGCGGCUGUCUGGGUAGCCUGGAAUGUCUUCGUCAUCUGUUUCUACCUGGAUGUUGGAGGAUUGUCCAAGGACAGUGAUCUGCUGACAUUUAACAUCUCAGCACAUCACUCCUGGUGGAGCGAGCACGGUCCUGGCUGCAUAAGGAGAGAGAUGCCAGAGGCGGCCGGGGUCCGCAGCACAGAGAGCCACUCCUACAUCACAGUCAUGGGCUGCCACAUGGAGUACCAGUACAUCGAGGUCUUGCACAGCAGCAUGCAGAUUCUUAUUGCUCUUCUGGGCUUCGUCUACGCCUGCUAUGUCGUCACUGCAAUGACCGAGGAGGAGGACAGCUUUGAUUUUAUUGGUGGAUUUGAUCCAUUCCCACUCUACCAUGUCAAUGAGAAACCAUCUCAUCUCCUCUUAAAACCCAUGCACCUGUCUACGUAAAUGAGGAAAAGGGUUCUGCGAGGGAGGCGACACAACAAAUUCCCACAACAGCAAAAAAAAGGCUGGUUUCACACAAACAUCCUGCUGCACUUCCUCAUUUCAGUCCCUUAAACGUGUUAUUUACUGGUGUGCUUCCCAGAAAAGUAAGUGUGUUUUUCAGCAAGAUUUUCAAACAGGGAGGAAAAUAGUGUCCAUUUAAGGGUGUUUUUUUUUUUAUUUACUGGUCUUAGUAAUACUUCAAACUGUGCAAAAUAUGUACCACUGAUAAAUACAAUGUGCACUUAAUCAUGAAGUGCCCAACAGUGGAAGUCAUGCAGAGCUCUGAUUUCACAUAGUUUGGCUCAGAUUGUGUCUGCAGGACUGAAUUACAGUGGAGUCUGUGGAAUGAGCUAUUGUCUGCUGCCUGUUUACUUUAGGAGCCGUGCACAAAAACAAAAGCAGGAAAAGACAGAGGGUGGAGAGGGACCUAUAUACUAAACCUGCAAGAGGGGGGGGGCGACUGGACAAAAGAAAUGAUAAAUUACGAAAUUCUGCAUUUGAAAUGUGAUGAAAUCGAGUUACAGUUUGUGACCGUUUUUUUUUAACCAAAUCCAUUGGAACUCACUAUAAAUUGAUCUUUUUGACACCCUCAAGUCAAACUCAAAAUGUAUUUUUUAACUUUAACAUAAACAAAGAGCCUGUCAUAUCGCUCACAAAACUGUUGAAAACUGGACAGGAGUAAUAAAUUAGACUUUGAGCUUGUCUCUUCUCAGUUUAAUUGUUACAAAUCUGUGAUAGCCUCAGCUGGGAUUGAUUGUAGCAUGUUUUUCUUAUUAAGAUCGAUGCUGUAAUUUAUGUGUAUAGACUUAAAUAGUUAAAAAUAGAAAAGAUUCAAACUAGUUUCUUCAAAGACGUGUUAGUCAGUGCUUUUGCUGACUUGAAAAAAACUCUUAUUUUAACAUAAUAUUUGAAAAAGUUUAGUAAGUUUUCACAUUUACUGAUUUCUUAAUGUUUGAUGAUGAAAAACUUGGAAUACAUUGGAAUCCUCUGCUGCCCUCUAGUGUUCAAAGUGUUCAUGUACAUGGUGCAAACUUUUAUACUUCAUAUCAUUUUUUUUUUGUUAAAUCUUUAAAUCCUGUUGUUUUUAUAAUAAAUAAAAAAAUCACCUUAAUUUACUCUUUAAUUAAUCUACAUUUACAAUGUUUGGGUCUCACAUUUCUGUUAAAUAAAAUCAGAUUACUUUCAGUAUUUUUCUUUUUUACGCCAAAACAUUUUUAAACAAGAAGCAGCUCAAUAUUUGUUCUGUUUUUUUUAGGUCUCUCUGGUCUUCCUAUCUUUCACAACUCUGUUGGGUAAAUUCCUGCAUUAUUAUAAGCUUUUUAUUUUUUUAAUCAAACCAUGUGGUCUUUCCUGCUAGCUCACUUUCGGAGUGGAACAUUUGGAUUUAGAGCUGUAAUAUUUAAAGAGUAAUCUUAUUAAACUCUUUCGAUGUAACUAUGAAGAGGACCUCAGUUUGCAACAUAUCCAGUAUUAGUAGUGAAAUGCUACUAAAAUGUCAAAUAUAGUCUUCCUCGAGGUCCAAUAGAGACCUCUUAAACUCCACUGACUGGUGUGGACUGGAAAAACUGCUGGGAAAAAAAAAACAUUUCAUGUGUAAAUAAUGAGUCAUUCUUUUUGUGGUGUUUUUGUGUCUUUUAUUACUGCAGCUCCAUGUGUGUCGAUUGUAAUCUUAUCUAUCAGACCUGUGCUUUGUGUUUGUGUAAAUAUGUGUUUGGUAAUAAAACAAAGUCAUUCUUUCCAUGA